CGCGGGAAGGAGGAAGGAGGGCGGCGGGGGGGGGCGCUCCGCCCGGCCGGCCCGCCCCGGGGAAGGGAGGCAGCGGCGGGCAUGCAGCACGGCCGGCAGGAGGAGGAGGAGGAGGAGGAAGAUGAGGAAGAGGAGGAGGAUGGCGGCGGCGCGGAGAGCGCGCUGGAGAAGAGCCCCUUCCAGCUGACGGCUGAGGACGUGUACGACAUCUCCUCCGUGGUGGGUCGGGACCUGCUGCAGCUCAGCGCCGGCCCCCGGGCGUCCGCCGCCGCGGCCCGGCUGCAGUUCAGCAUCGUCAGGGUGCUGGAGAUGCUGGAAGCGCUGGUGAGCGGCGGCAGCCUGGCCGAGGAGCGGCUGCGGCUGGAGCGGGACCGCCUGAGGAAGGAGGUGGAGGCGCUGAGGGGAGAGGGAGCCCCGGACAGCGCCCGGCAGCUCAACCUUGGACCAGACAAAAUGGUAAUAGACCUCACGGAUCCAAAUCGCCCUCGGUUCACGUUACAAGAGCUGCGAGAAGUGCUGCAGGAGCGUAACCAGCUGAAAGCUCAGCUUCUAGUGGUGCAAGAGGAGCUACAGUGCUAUAAAAGUGGGAUCAUCUCACAGACAAAGGACCAAACUCAAAAAUUGGAAAAAAAAUCCUGUGGCAGCAGCCCAAGCACCAGAAAGGACAGUGAAGAGAAGAAAAUCACCAAACGUCUGUUCUCUUUUAAACAUGGAAAAUGAACAUCCUUGAGAACUUUUAACCCCUUGUGUUCAGAAAUAGCACUGCUGAAAGCCUCUGAAGGAGUUAGGAGUCAAGGACUGGAAAAUAAAACAUCACUCUUACUGUAGAGAAUAAGCAAAUCCUAAGAAUUCUGUUGUAUAAUAUUCUUUCACAGAAGGUUUUACUUUACUUUUUUAGAAACUGUUUGACACUUCUUGCAUUGUUGGAUUCCUGCCAGACAUUACCCAUCUGGAAAGAAUAAAUGUUUGUAUGAGUGGUUUUUUAUUCUUAUUAAAAGAGCCUGUGGCCACACA